CCCCAGAAUAGAACCUCUGUCGUGUUCUCUCUCAUUUCUGUGAACAAGAACACUAUCGGAAUAGAGCACUGAAACUCUCUCAAAUCUCGGAAGCCAUUAAUCAUCCCCAAGAACAAAAAAUGCGAUUACUUCCCAUACUCUCAAUCAUCAUCUUCGGUUUGGUUAAGGCUUCGACAAGCGAUGAUGGGUUCUGUUCUGCGCCGCCGAUCGCAGAAUCGGACGAGAAGUCGAAACCCAUGUACUGGAAAGUCACGAACCCGACACUCUCUCCUUUACAUCUCCAAGAUUUGCCGGGGUUCACAAGAAGUGUUUACAAGUCGGAUCAUGCUGUAAUAACACCCGAAAGUCACGUUUUCAGCCCAUUACCCGAUUGGACAAACGCGUUGGGGGCAUAUUUGAUCACCCCGGCAAUGGGCUCCCAUUUUGUCAUGUACUUUGCGAAAAUGAAAGACAUUUCAAAAUCAGGUCUACCACCACACGACGUAGAGCGCUUCAUAUUCGUGGUUGAGGGCGCUGUGACACUUGCUAACUCAUCAGAUACCAUAAAGAAAUUGACGGUUGAUUCAUUUGCAUACGUGCCUCCAAACUUUGAUCAUUCCCUGAACUGUGAUGGGUCUGCAACUCUUGUUGUGUUCGAGCGGAGGUACGAGUUUCUACCGAGUCAUGCCACAGAGCUUAUUGUCGGGUCAACAGACAAGCAGCCACUUCUCGAAACUCCCGGUGAGGUGUUUGAACUGAGGAAGCUUCUUCCGGCAUCUUUACCUUAUGACUUUAAUAUCCAUAUUAUGGAUUUUCAGCCUGGGGAGUUUCUCAAUGUGAAGGAGGUUCACUAUAACCAACAUGGUUUGUUGCUUCUGGAGGGCCAAGGCGUUUAUCGUUUGGGUGAUAGCUGGUACCCAGUUCAAGCUGGUGAUGUUAUAUGGAUGGCUCCUUUUGUUCCUCAAUGGUAUGCCGCACUUGGGAAAACCCGAUCUCGGUAUUUGCUGUACAAAGACGUGAAUCGGAGUCCACUGCUGUAGAUGAUGAUGAUGAUGAUGAUGGUGAUGAUGUAACCUGAACCUGACGUUAACCCAUAGCCCCUGCCCUCUACUUGCCAUUGUUUUCCAAAAUUUCUAAAAGUCAGAAACUGUAAUUUGUAUUGAAUUUUUAGUGAAGAGAAGAACAGAAAUUAGUAUAACAAUGGGCCGGGUCGGGUAAUUAUAUUGGGCGGCUCAUUUUAAUAA